AGAGAUGGAAAAGAUGAUCCAGCUAGCAAGAUUUAGGACCCUCAGUCUUCCUACACUCGCUCGGAUGCUGCUAGUACUCCUACCAGAAACAACUGUGCCAUGGCCGGCAUCAUCCACAAGAUCGAGGAGAAGCUCCACAUGGGCGGUGGCAGCGACGAGCACAAGAAGGCCGAGGAGCACAAGAAGGACGGCGAGCGCAAGGAGGGCAUGAUGGAGAAGAUCAAGGACAAGAUCAGCAGCAACGACCACGGCGACGGCAAGUCGUCCCGCGACCACAAGGAGAAGAGGGACAAGAAGCACGGCGAGGGCCACAAGGAUGACGGCGGCCAUAGCAGCAGCAGCGACAGCGGCUGAGCGUGCCCCGGCAGC